AUUUGUGCUGCAGCUGAAGGUGAGCUGACCAACAUCUAUCUCAUCAGGACAGUUUACAGGAGGAAAGACGGAGAAUAAGGAGCCGGAGGAGCAGGAACACUCAGGAGCAACUUUACGCACGGCCGCCGGACACUUCCACACGGGACACAGGCGCCGUUACGCGGGCUCCAGACACAGGUGGAUGCUGGGAAGUGGACCGGCUCAGAGAUGUUCGUCCUGCAGGCUCAGUUCGGGGCUCUGUGGGCCCUCGGCGCUGCGCUCACCUCGGUGCUGUCCGCGCUCCUGCUGCUGGCGCUCACCCGGCAGCUGUGGAGCCUCCGCUGGAGCCUGACCCGGGACAAAGAGAGCAGCCUGCCGCUGCCGAGGGGCUCCAUGGGCUGGCCGCUGGUCGGGGAGACCUUCCACUGGCUGUUCCAGGGCUCCAACUUCCACAUCUCCCGCAGAGAACGCCACGGCAACGUGUUCAAGACCCACCUGCUCGGGAAGCCUGUCAUCAGGGUCACGGGUGCUGAAAACAUCCGCAAGAUCCUGCUGGGCGAGCACAGCCUGGUGUGCACCCAGUGGCCCCAGAGCACCCGCAUCAUCCUGGGGCCCAACACGCUGGUCAACUCCAUCGGGGACCUGCACAAGAAGAAGAGAAAAAUCCUGGCUAAAGUGUUUAGCCGAGGGGCCCUGGAGUCCUUCCUGCCCCGGCUGCAGGACGUCGUCAAGUCUGAAAUCGCCAAGUGGUGCUCGGCGCCAGGGUCCAUCGACGUUUACAGCGCCGCCAAGUCCUUGACGUUCCGUAUCGCCGUCCGGGUCCUGCUGGGUCUGCAGAUGGAGGAGGAGCGGAUCGUUUACCUGGCUCGCAUCUUUGAGCAGCUGAUGAACAACCUGUUCUCGCUCCCUAUAGACGCUCCACUCAGCGGCCUCCGCAAGGGAAUCAAAGCCAGAGAAAUCCUGCACGCCAACAUGGAGAAAAUCAUCGAGGAGAAAAUGGAGCGGCAGCAGGCGGAGGACGAGUAUCAUGACGCCUUCGACUACAUGUUGUCCAGCGCCAAAGAGCACGGACAGCAGCUCAGCAUCCAGGAGCUGAAGGAAACAGCAGUAGAGUUGAUCUUCGCCGCUCACUCCACCACAGCCAGCGCCUCCACGUCUCUCAUUCUGCAGCUGCUUCGUCACCCUGCGGUGGUGGAGAGGGCCAGAAUCGAGCUGGAGGCUGAGGGCUUAGGCUACGAACCCCACAGCGGUCUCGGCUCCUCUGGCGCCACGACGGAGAAAGACACCGACACCGGCGUCACAGAGACGACCUGCCUGCUGAACCAAGUGUGUCAGAACCACAGCGACCAGGAGGGUUUCCCACAGUCUCACAUACCGUAUCUGAGCCUGGACAAGCUGAGCCAGCUGCGAUAUGUCGACUGUGUCGUCAAGGAGGUGCUGCGCUUCCUGCCGCCGGUGUCCGGUGGUUACCGGACGGCCCUGCAGACGUUCGAGUUAGACGGCUACCAGAUCCCUAAAGGCUGGAGUGUGAUGUACAGUAUCCGCGACACCCACGAGACCGCAGCCAUCUUCCAGAGUCCGGAGCUGUUCGACCCGGAUCGGUUUGGUCCCAAGCGGGAGGACAGCAGGUCGGCUCGGUUCAGCUAUGUGCCGUUUGGCGGCGGCGUGCGGAGCUGUGUGGGGAAAGAACUGGCACAGAUCAUCCUAAAGACUCUCACUGUGGAGCUGAUCGGAACCUGCAGAUGGACUCUGGCCACAGAGAACUUUCCAAAGAUGCAGACGGUGCCGAUCGUGCAUCCAGUGAACGGGCUGCACGUGCACUUCACGCACAACCACACACUUUAGACUGACGAGACUUUUCAAAAAAUAAAGAGAGAACUCAGUCAAGAGGAAAUUUUACCUCCAACCUGAUUCUGGGAAAAUUCUCCGAACACGAUAAAGGAGGCAAAACCAUGGUGACGUUUCUGAUGCUGCAGUUCACGCCCCCUGUCGUCUCCAUGGAGACGAACAGUGUGAAUUACCUGUGGCGACAUGGUGCCAGCAGACGAUAAACAAGAUUUCAUGGAUGCACGUCGAGCAAAGAAACUGCACGCUCACAUAUAAUAACGCUAACAAUAAGUCCACAACUACUCACACAACUACACGACUGAUACCUGAAACAGAAUCAACACACACGCACCUCACACUCCUCCACAUCUGUGCACGUGCCGCCUGCAGACACACCUGUGAUGCACCAAGGGUCGAGUGCAAAGAUGCUGUUGACGCAAAAAACACACAAAACAACACAACUUCCCAGGUUGUGUGACGGGUACAUGAGGUUUCUCGUGGUGGGAGGUUGUAGCAGAAACAACCUCUUACUCAAAGGCAAUAAAAGAGGAAACACCACAUCAACAUCUUAACUUAUAUCUGUACAUUCAUAUUUUUGAAUACUGAACAAAAUAAGCUUUUUUGUGGAAAACUCUGUAAAUAUGUUUCAGAUGCUCUGACUCAGGAGAUGAAGACGAGGUUUACGUUGGUAGUUUGGAGCAUUUCCUCUUCAGUCUGCUUCUGAAACACUUUUGAAGUUAUUUAUGCAUCAAGGUCACAUCAGGAAGAAGAUUCAGUCUCUGAAACCUUUUCCACGUUGUUCAACACUUCAGGUGCAACAUCGUUCCACCGAAACAUUGGUAUUUUAGUCAAUUAAACAAAGUCUCCUUCAGCUAUUAAAUAUUCUCUGCAUCUUUAGUCUGUAAAUACAUUUUAACUUAUUAAAAUAUAAAGUCAGUGAGUCCAGUUUGACUUCCGAGACCGAAAUGUGUCGUUAAUUUAGUCUUUGUUGCGGUUGUGGAGCAGAACUACUCGUAUUGAGCUCACGCAGACUUGGUUUUAAGAUUAGAUAACGUCACGCCUGCAACCAUCGGAAGAACAGGAGAGAAAAUAAUCUUUGUGUCUUUGUUUUCUAAUCAUUUGUAUCUCCGUAGCUUCAACAUAUAUAACGUGCGUCUGUGACGCAGGACUCACACGCAUGAGUUGGAGGCUUCAACAGAAACAGUUGUUUUCUGCAGAGCUGCAUUGAUUUCUGUCACAUAACGUUAUUUGUGGUAAGAGCCAAUCAAAUCACGCUAAUACAAACCAGGGUCAUACGUGUGAGUCCAGCAUCAGAGAGCUGUCCGUGUUUACAUUUACAGAACUCUACAGAUUCUCCGACAGCCUUUUUGAAAACUCACAAAGUGCAACUGGUCAAAUUUGCAUCUCGGGAACUCGCCCCGUGAUUCUUAAAGUGAAUCUGUUUCUUCUUCUGUCGUUAUUUUUGUUUUUACCAUUGGUUCUGUCCCAUGAUGCAACACCAAACCACAGAAACACGUUCACUGAAGGAACUUGCACUUGAUUUGAACUCACAAUCAGGAACUUCUCUGAACGUCUAAACACAUAAAAACUACUCUGUUGUUUUAAUAUGAAUGUGUUGUACUGCAUAUCCCUACCAGUGCUAUUAUUGUGUGUAUGAAAUGAAGUAGCAUUAUGAAUAAGCUGUAUUUAAAACGCAGAUGUAUCAUUUCUGUUUCACUCUCUGUAAUAUGAAUAGAUAGAGACACUAACCUGUAAAGACCAGAAAACCUUGUUUCUCUGUUAGUCUUUGUUUAGAG